AUGGCAAAGAAACAACGGCAGAAAAAAGGGGAACAAAGUAAGAGAAAAGGUAAAGUGGUCGAGAUAGAGGAGCUUUCGCUAAGUCACUCCAUUAUUACUGCUGGGUCAGAGACUGCAGGCAGUAUCUUAUCUACUGACAGCUGGGCUGGUGACAAUGACGAUUUUGACCAGGCUGAUGAUGGUGUGACAAGAACAUCCGAAGAACGAGAGCGAAAACUCCAGGAUGCAUUUGCAAUGGUCGAAGAUUAUUGUUCCGAGAAACGGUCAACAAGACGAGAAAGCAUUCUUCGUAAGUGGUACACUGCUCUAACUCAAUACACAAGCGGCUCAUAUGAAACGGUUGAAUGCAAGUUGUCAGAUAUCACCAGAGGCUGUCAAUUUAGCAUUCGCAGCGGAAGUCCAUCAGAACAGUAUGCAGCAUGUCGUGUGCUAGAGACUGUUGCGGUCUUGCUUGCCGAUGAAUCAUUUUUUGGGCAAACAUACCAAACACUUCUUUCGACUACUCGAUCUACACACCGUGCCAUACCAGUUAGGAUUGCGGCAUUGAGAGCGAUUGGAAUGGCUAUUUUUAUUGGAGUUGACGAUGAUUUUAUAGUCCAGGAAGUAUUGGACUUGUGCGAAGCUUUGGCAAGGUCAGAGUACAGAGGAGAGAAAGUCGCUUCUGGGUUACGCGCAGCAGCACUUACAGUUUGGAGUGUAUUGGCAACAACACUACACGAGUUUUACAUUUCCGGAGCUGACGAUGUAUCGACUGGGAGAGGGUUGUGA